AUGUCAGCAAGGGCCACCGCCUUGACCUACCAUACUGCAAAAGACCAAGGAGAAUCAAUGUGUGCAAAAGUUGAAGAGAAGAAAAGACCGGGACAGAGCCUUGGUCUUCAGAGCAACACCCAGAGCCAGGAGAAUUUCCGUCAGCAAUUCAGGCAGUUUGAUUUCUCUGACACUGCUGGGCCCCGGGAGGCCCUCAGCCAGCUCUGGGAGCUGUGUCAUGGGUGGCUGAGGCCAGAGGUGCACAGCAAGGAGCAGAUCCUGGAGCUGCUGGUGCUGGAGCAGUUCUUGGCCAUCCUGCCGGAGGAGCUGCAGGCCUGGCUGCUGGAGCAGCGACCAGAGGAUGCUGAGGAAGCCGUGAGUCUGUUGGAGGAGCUGGAGCGGGAGCUGGAUGAACCAAGUUCACAAGACACAGCUUUUGACCAAAGAAUAUUCUGCAAGGAGGAGACGCCCACAGAAGCACUGACUUCUUUGAGCAGUCAGUUGCCACUUCUGGAGAACCAGAGUGAGACACCGGGGCCCCAGGCUCUUCCUGAGAGAGGUGGCAAGCUGGAAGCUGACAAAGUAUUGCCAGCAGAGCAAGAAAAUAUUGAAUGUAUAGUAUCAGUGGCUAUGCUAUCCCCUGAAAAACUUCCUGGGGAAACUCCUUCAGGUCAGAGAGGUGAAGAAGCUUUGGGAGGCCUGAACAACUUGGAGAAACUAAAAGAAAAUACCACAAGUAUCAAAAUGAGCCAGCUUCCUUCUCAAGAAACACAUUUUAGUCUGACAACCUUCAAUAAGAAAAUACCGACAGAAGAGAAUGUCCUUGAAAGUGACAGAAAUUUGAGUCUAAGCCCAAAUGUAAGGAAGCAAAGAACUCAUGCUAGGAAGAGGCUGUACACGUGCUUUGACUGUGGGAAAGCCUUUCCUCAGAACUACAGGCUUAUUAGACAUCAGAGAAUUCAUACUGGAGAGAGGCCGUAUGCAUGUGAAGAAUGUGGCAAAGCCUUUACUAUGAACUCAAACCUUGUUAGACAUCAGAAAAUUCACAGUGCUGGAAAAAUCUUUAAAUGUGAAUGUGGAAAACUUUUCUGGAGUAGCUCAGAACUCAGUAGCCAUCAGAGAAUUCAUUCUAAAGAGAAUCCUUAUGAAUGUGAUGAAUGUGGGAAAAUUUUAAGCAGGAACUCAGCCCUUAGUCAACAUAUGAAAAUUCAUACUGGAGUCAAACACUACAAAUGUUUUCAGUGUGGUAAAGCCUUUGGCAGAAGCUCUGUACUUAUUGAGCAUCAAAGAAUUCACACUGGAGAAAAACCUUAUUCAUGCAGGGAGUGCGGAAAGGCCUUCAUUCAGAACUCAGCCCUCAUCAAGCACAAGAGAAUCCACACUGGAGAGAAGCCUUUUGAGUGUAGUGAAUGUCGGAAAACAUUUAGGCAUAGGUCAGGCCUUAUGCAGCAUCAGAGAACUCACACCAGAGCUUAA